ACAUGUUUUUUAAAACAAACACACAAACAAAUGAAAAUGAAUGUUGACCACUUUGUGACUGUCCAGCUGAAUGAUCACACAAACUGUGGACGACCACAACGGCAAAGACAGCCAGUGAGCCCACAUCAGGCAGCUUCUCAGCCCCCUUCCCCUUCUCACUCCACCUCCACUUCCCAGUCCCCCUCCCCUUCUCACUCCCCCUCCACUUCCCAGUCCCCCUCCCCUUCUCACUCCCCCUCCACUUCCCAGUCCCCCUCCCCUUCUCACUCCCCCUCCACUUCCCAAUCCCCCUCAGCUUCCCACUCCCCCUCAGCUUCCCACUCCCCCUCAGCUUCCCAGGCACCCUCAGCUUCCCAGGCACCCUCAGCUUCCCAGGCCCACUCCCCUUUCCACUCCCCUUCUCAGCCCACCUCUCAUUCUCUUUCUGUGACCCCUUCUCCUCCUUCCCAGUCCCCUUCUCCUUCUACUUCCAACUCCCCUUCUCAGCCCCCCUCACCCUCUAUUGGCCUAACAUUCUCUCCGCCCCCCUCUCCCUCUCAAUCAGACCCACCCUCAGAAAUUAGUUUCCCAAACCCUCCUCCUUACCCCAUCUCUCCUCCUUCCCCAAACCCUCCUCCUUCACCCAUCCAGCCUCCUUCCCCCAUCCCUCCUCCUUCACCAAUCCCUCCUCCUUCCCCCAUCCAGCUGCCUUCACCACCCACAGAAUGGGCAGAAGAAGCCCCUGAUGGGGUCAGUGAUGACACUAAUGUUGCUGAGGAAAGUAAGUGUUUUUACAUUUCAGUUCAAAAUAUGACCUACUUACACUUACAAUGUACAAACAUGCACUGUUGUACUGUUUUAAAUCAGCUAGCAAGGUACACAUUUUCAUUAAUUAUUGAUGGUGUGCAUGUUGCAUUGAUAUUUUUUAGAGUAUCAUUAUAUGUAGUGUUUAUGUGUGCAAUGUGUUGUGUGUCCACUCUAGGUCGACACUAAUUAGUUUGACAGG